GGAAGCACCCAGAUACAUUCAACCCAGAGAACUUUCUGGAUGAAAAAGGACAGUUAAGCAAAAGUGACCAUUUUCUGCCAUUUUCACUGGAGUAUAAAGCUGGGAGCAGUUAUUAUGUCCUAAACCUCCUGCAGAAUGGAGUCUGUACUGAGGUAUCUGGACUGGAUGUCUGUGGGCUUGGCCCUGCUUGGUGGUCUGCUCUUUCUGCUUCUGCUGGAGACCUUCAGGUUGAACUCCACCGUAAGCCGCAGCCCUCCUGGACCCAAACCACUGCCUUUCUUGGGGAACCUGCCACUGAUUAUGAAAGAUCCGGUUGGCUUUGUCAAAUCGAUGCCAAAUUAUGGUGACUUAUCUUCCAUGUACAUGGGCAGGAACCUAGUGAUCGUGGUGAACAGCCUGUCAGCACUGAAGGAAGCCUUCAUUCAGAACAGUGCUGUGUACGCUGGGAGGUCACCUAUUCCAAUACUAGACUGGGUCACCAAAGGCUAUGGUAUCCUGAUGGCCCCAUUUGGAAUUUCCUGGAAACAGCAGCGCCGAUUUGCUCUACACACUCUGCGCAACUUUGGUCUGGGGAAGAAAAAUGUGGAGGAAGGUGUGGCUGAAGAGGCGCGAUACCUUAUCAAAGAGAUGCUCAAGCAGGAAGGGAAGUCUGUUUGUCCUAUGCACCUCUUAAUGAAUUCAGUCUCCAACAUUAUCUGCUCUAUCGUUUUUGGAGAAAGAUAUGAGUAUGACGACAAGCGAUUCGCUAAGCUGCUGGAAAUCAUAAAUGAAAACAUUCAGCUUGCCGGAGCACCUAUGGCACGGAUCUUUGGCUUGGCUCCCUUCAUAAAACACUUCCCAGGUCCACACCAUAAGAUCAGGCACAAUUUUGACUCCCUAAAACAGUUCAUUCGUGAGAUUGUGGAGGAACACAGAAAGAUUCUGGACCCAGAAAACCCAAGAGACUUCAUUGAUGCCUAUCUGGUGGAGAUGACCAAGCAACAGUCCAAUGAAGAUUCUACAUUUCAUGAGGAGAACAUGCUUUUAACCACUGCUGACCUUUUCCUCGCUGGGACAGACACUACAGCAGCCACGCUCAGAUGGGGCCUGAUUUACAUGAUGGACCACCCUGCUGUGCAAGACCGCUGUCACGAGGAGAUCAUCCGGGUGCUGGGUUUUGACCGUUCUCCAUCCAUGGAAGAUCGUGCCCAGCUCCCGUACACUCACGCCACUAUCCACGAGAUCCAGCGCUGUGCUGACCUCGUCCCCAUCGCAAUACACGAGACCACCCAGCCGACACAGCUCAGAGGGUACCACUUCCCCAAGGGAACAAAGGUGAUGCCCAACUUAACAGCCCUCUUGGCUGACAGAAAGCACUGGAAGCACCCGGACACGUUCAACCCAGAGAACUUUUUGGAUGAGAAAGGACAGUUCAGCAAAAGUGACCAGUUUGUGCCAUUUUCCCUGGGUCCGAGGGUGUGUGCAGGUGAGACUCUAGCAAAAGCAGAGCUCUUCAUCUUCUUCACCUCUCUGAUCCAGCGACUGAAGUUCUCAUGGCCUCCUGGAGCUCCACGCCCAAACAUGAACGGCAUUGUGGGCUUGGUCCGUUCUCCAUUCCCCUAUAAUACAGUCUGCCACAGCAGGGAUACCACCCACUGAAUGAGACCACUAGCUCUCUCUGCCAGCAAUUACACUACAAGUGGACAAUAUUAACCCUAAAAAUUCUUUAACCCAACAAGUGCAGAUUUUCAACAUGGGAUUACAAAAUGUAAAGCAUGUCACUGUAAAUAAAAUGUACAUUUGUUUAUAUAGCUUUACAAAUGCAAGUAGAAUGUGGUUCUGUGGUCACUUUUCUUAGAUUAUCACAGUAACAUUAUCUGUGAAACUGGACAGUAAUCAGACCCCUUUUCCCCAGAUUCGCUCUAAAGAUUGUUUUGAUACUAUAAGAGUGUUAGAAUUAAAAACAUUAGUACUUUAUAAA